CGCCGGGGGCGGGCGGGGGCGCGGGGCCUGGGACUGGCUGCCAGCUGGCGCCCCCUCCCUAGUAUGCGGACGAAGGCGGCGGGCGGCGCGGAGAGGCGUCCCCUGCAGCCGCGAAUCCAGGCGGCGGCGGCGGCACCUGCCGGCCGAGCAAUGCCAAGUGAGUAUAACUGUGUGAAACUGAGAAGUGAUUGCUCGAGACCCCCCCUGCAAUGGUACACCCGAGCUCAAAACAAGAUGAGAAGACCCAACUUAUUAAUAAAAGACAUCCUCAAGUGUACAUUGCUUGUGUUUGGAGUGUGGAUCCUUUAUAUCCUCAAGUUAAAUUAUACUACUGAAGAAUGUGACAUGAAAAAAAUGCAUUAUGUGGACCCUGACCGCGUAAAGAGAGCUCAGAAAUACGCUCAGCACGUCUUGCAAAAGGAAUGCCGACCCAAGUUUGCGAAGCAGUCGAUGGCGCGGUUGUUUGAGCACAGGUACAGCAUGGACUUACCGCCUUUCGUGAAGAAGGUCCCCCAGGUGGAUGACGCCGUGUACAAGUAUGAUCCUCCUUUUGGAUUUCGGGAGUUCUCCAGUAAAGUCCAGACCCUCUUGGAAAUAUUGCCUGAGCACGACUUUCCUGAACACUUGAAAGCAAAGAGUUGUAGGCGGUGUGUGGUUAUUGGAAGCGGCGGAGUACUCCACGGGCUGGAACUGGGCCAAGCCCUGAACCAGUACGAUGUUGUGAUCAGGUUAAACAAUGCACCAGUUGAAGGAUAUGCAGAGCAUGUUGGAAAUAAAACUACUAUAAGGAUGACUUAUCCAGAGGGCGCACCACUGUCUGACAUUGAAUAUUAUUCCAAUGACCUAUUUGUUGCUGUUUUGUUUAAAAGUGUUGACUUCAACUGGCUUCAAGCAGUGGUAAAAAAUGAAACCCUGCCAUUUUGGGUGCAACUCUUCUUUUGGAAGCGGGUGGCGGAAAAAAUCCCACUACAGCCAAAACAUUUCAGGAUUUUGAAUCCAGUUAUUAUCAAAGAGACUGCCUUUGACAUCCUUCAAUACUCAGAGCCUCAACCAAGGUUCUGGGGCCGAGAUAAGAACGUCCCCACGAUUGGCAUCAUUGCUGUUGUCUUAGCCACACAUCUGUGCGAUGAAGUCAGUUUGGCAGGCUUUGGAUAUGACCUCAGUCAACCCAAAACACCUUUGCAUUACUUCGACAAUAUCUGCAUGGCUGCCAUGAACUUUCAGACCAUGCAUAAUGUGACAACAGAGACCAGGUUCCUUCUAAAGCUGGUCAAAGAGGGCGUGGUGAAGGAUCUCAGCGGGGGCAUCCAUUGUGAAUUUUGAACACAGGAAAACCUCACUUGAAAAUGCAACUCUGACUCUGAGGGCUGUUUUUCAUCGCCUUCUUGAUGCAUUUCAUCCUGCAAAGACUUUGAAGUGCAGCUGGUGUUUUUAACUUUUAAUUUAAAAAACAAAAAACAGUUUAGCUCUUCCCACUUUUUUCCCCCUAUUUAUUUGUCAGUCUUUUUGCACAGAAUUUUGUAAGUUAAUUUUGAGAAUUGAAUUGAAAAGACUUUUUGAAGAGAAUUGUAUGUAAUGAUGUUUUAUUGUAUUUUAAGAAAGUUAUUUAAUUUGUAAAAACUCUGUCCAUGUCUACUGCACAUAGAUAUACCAGGUAAUUAAGUGGAAAGAGAAGGGAGGUCACUCCUUUGGUGAGAGCUCUGAAUGCCUGAUUCUGGUUCUCUGCAUCUCUGUUGGGUGGGACAGAUGUCCGAGGCUCUUCCAGGAGGACGUCCUCAGUAGCUAAACCACUGGCACUGGUUCGGCCAUGCUGCUGCGUGAGGCCUGGGCCGGUCAGAGAAGUUCAUGGUCCCCCUGUUGGUCUGCCUUCUGCCAGAAGACUUGCUGGAAUCAACCUGAUCCCUGAUUGAGGAAGGACACAGAAGACAUUUUCUGUGUCCUCUGAGUAUGGUGAAGCCACUCCAGGCUGCAGAAGCCAUUAUCUUCCCUGCGAUGAUGACAACUCUUGAAUUUCUUGAGAGCUUUUUACUACCCUUUCAAAGCACUUAAAUGUUAAUCUAAGGUGUUCCACUGUCUGUCUGAGGUGGCUUAUAAAAAUUAGGAGAAAACCUCUGUUAUCCAGAGCUGUAGAAGAAUAAAACCUUUCCAAGAAUAAUCACAUUUUCUGAAUCACUGAAAUGAAAUCCUCCCAAUGUUAUAAAUUGCCUAUUAAAAAAAUUUUUUUUUGAAUGCCUACCUGGCAGUGUGUACCAGGCAGUGUGCUGGUCAAAAUAAAAUAAAAGCUUUUGAGAAGCUCUCA